ACCGUGUGUCGCGCUAGCAGCGAGGCGCAGGCAGCGGGGGAGCCCGGCGCGGAGCCGGGUCGCUGCUGAUCUGGCGGGAGGCUGCGGGCUUUGGUCCCGUAUGUGCGAGCGGCCGCCGAAGAGCCAGCCCGCCCCCGCGCAGCCAGCGGCGCCGGGGGCGCAGCACCGGCUCCGCCGCGGGCUGCGCUGUCCGUAGGGAGGCAGCUGGGCGAGGCGAGCGCGGUGGCCGGGGGAGCUGAGCGGCUGCUCCGGUAACGAAGGAGCCGACCCAGACACCCGCCGGCGCCGCUCCCGUCUCCUCCCGCCGGCCCCGCUCUGCCCCGUGCCUCGCCUCCGCAGCUGCCUGAGGGCACCCCCGCCCCGCCCGGCGCUGGCGAGCCCCAGUUGCCUGAGUUGGCUCCGUCCCUGGGACUUGGGCUUUCGUCUCCCCCUGCGGGGGCCCUGCCCGCUCCCGCCGCCAGAGAGCCCCGCGCCUGCGGGAGAGUGAGCCGGGCCCCCGCCGCGGCAGAUCGGCUCCCGAUGGCGGCGCACCAGCAAACCAGGAUCCAAGCCUACCUGGAGCGGAACAGGAUCGGGCCCCUGUUCGAGGAACUGAUGACCAAGCUGAUAACAGAGACUCCUGACCAGCCAAUCCCAUUUCUCAUUGACCAUCUUCAGUCCAAACAGGGGAACCGGAGUCCGCUUCAGAGAACGUUGUCUGGAUCUGCUGCUCUCUGGGCAGAAAGUGAGACAUCAGAAAACAAAGGAACAAGAAGAGAUUGUAGAAGUUAUGAUAAACCCUGGCAGGUAAAUGCAAAGAAACCUAAAAAGUCAAAGAGUGACCUCGCUGUGUCCAACAUUUCUCCACCAUCACUGGAAUCCAAGUCAUUGCCAAGGUCAAUAGAGCAUCCUAAAUGGGACUGGCGGACAAAACCGGAGAGCCAUGAGUUUGAUGAAUUAAAUCAUAUUCUUCAGGAAAGUAAGAAGCUGGGGAAAGCCCUUGAGAAUCUCUCUCAGAGCAUUGCUAUUUCUGAUGAACUUGAGAAGGACACAACAGGUUUUAAUGCUCCUCUUCUAAGACCUCGUGUGAUUGGAGAAUGGGUUGGUCGCGAGGAGAAUGAUGCUGAUCCAUUGGCUGCGGAGAUGUUGCAACCUCCAGUACCAAGAAGUAAAAAUGAACAAUGGGAUAGUGAGGAUAGCAGCAGCAGUCCUGGAGGAAGUUUAAAGAUGGAGCCGAAGACCAAAGGAUUAAAACAGCAGCAACAGCAACAUAAGAAGCUACUGGCUGCCAUGCUUUCCCAGGACUCUUUUGAUUCUGUUCAAAGCACAGCUCCCUCAGUGACAGAAGAAGAUAUCGACAAUGAGGAUGAUGCAAUGGAACUGCUAGAGGAUCUUGAUGAUUUAAGAAUGGAAGGAGUAACCAGUGUGAUGUCUUCUGGGAGUAAAUUUAACCAAACUCGAAGUGCACAUCCUGCUGAACCUCAGGCAAAGGUCACGUUGAACAUCUGCGCAAGGUGUGCCAGACUGCAAGGAGGUAACUUGGCAGAAACGGCAGAGGAUGUCUCACUAGUGUCUCAGAUGACUGAGCAAGCGGCAUCAGAUUCCAAUGCUUCAGUGCCUGGGGUGGAAACACUGAUGGAGGAUGCUGAUGAAUUUGAGAGUGCAUCUCAAAUAAAAGGACCUUAUCAACCUGUUUGGGACGUGGAUGUCAUGUAUGCCAGAAACGGAGGGUCUCCAAGCCAGAAACUCCUGAAAGACUCCUUAGCCGCAAAAGAACUGCAGACCAUGGAAAAACAUCUAGCUGACAUUGAAAAGGACCUAGCACUCUGGGAAGAAGCAAGUACUAGUCCACAUAGUAAUUUACUUACAUCACAUCAUCCAGGAAAUCUUCAAGCCACACUAGGCCAAAAUUCAAGGCCUCAAGUGCCAAGUCAAACGGGGAAAAAUAUUCAUCUGCAGCUGGAAGGAAACAAAUCACCACCGGUCCCUACUACCAGCAGAGUGCAGGUCUCCAGUAUCUCAAACAGUAGGCCUCAGACUCCCAAUAUGCAGAACAACAGGCCUCCAACGCCGUUGACUCCAGGAAGCAGACCUGCAACCCCAAGUUUGUUGCCACGACCUCUUACCUCUAGCAACCAGGGAAAUAAGGAAGGAAUCCUUAGUAUGCAAAGAAGCAGGUCUUUAACAUCUAAGAGUCAAAUUGGGAGGACCCUCGGCACUCCUUCAGGACUAGCUGUACAAAUGAGCGGAGAUGUUAUAGGAACUGUUCCUCAAAGAAUCAGUUUGUCAGAAGAUGAAUUCUUACAUCAAUUUCAGCUUGCCCACCAACCAUGGAUAUUGCCAAGCGACACAGAGAGUGAAGGUGUGGAAGCAGAUCAAGAUAAAUGCCAAGGACGUAUGAAAAGGCUGCCAAAUCUCAAAAACAGGUAGACUUCAGCUGAGGUGAAAAUCGAGCUUGUGUGGCCCCAGAGGUAAACACUGACCAAGGUGAACCUGAAUUUAUGUAUCAUAAACUGUGAGCACUGUAGCAUUAAAGUAACUAGUUUUCUCUUUUUGUCUUUUGACUGGGUCAUCUGCACUUUGGGUUACUUUCUCUAUCUGCUUAGAUAGAAAUAUAUCCAAAAUUUUCAGCUGAAAAGAGAGGAAAUGGUAAAUUAGAUCAAAGAAUCAUUCUUAGAUUGAAAGGAUGAGGAAUCCGUAACACUUUGGGUGAAAUCCUGGCUCCACUGGAGUCAUUGAGAGUUUUGCUACUGACUUCCAAGGGGCCAGAAUUUCACCCCCUGUUUUUUCCAGCCUUUGGUAAAGGACUGGUACCAAGCAGAAAGAAGAAACCACGCGUGGGUGCAAUGAAUAUUGGUUACAAUACUGUCUUUCAAAAUGGAGAAGAAAAGUGGUAAUACCAUCAUUAUCAGCCAUUAUACUUUUGUUGCUAGAUAUCAUACUUUAAGGUUAAUAAUUAUUGUCUUUGUAGCAGUUAAAAUGAUACCAACAUUAUUGUGGUGUCUUGAUUCAGAAGAUUAAAACGUGUGGAUCCUUUUUAUUUUAAAAAUCUGUAAACUGAGCAUCUGAAAUCAGGUAGCUUUAAUUAUUCCAAGCAUUUUAGGGAAAAUAUCUAGGCUUGUCAAGGUUGUUUGAAUCUUGUUGAGACAGAAAUGAACGCAAACGUUACUUUAUCUCAUUGAUAGUUAAAUGAAUAAUUUCUCCGCUUUUUUAGCUGUAAAAUCUCUCAGUGGGUUGAAAGAUUAGCUAAAAGGGUUUCUGGAUAGUCUCCAGGCUUUUAAAACUAAUGCCAUCAGUUUUGAAUACAUUUUGGAAUAGCACAAUCUUUUACCUACAGUCUAAAGGAUUGAAAUGCAGCUCCCACUGCCUGUCCGUGUAGGAGGUCAGGGAAAUCCCUAAUGUCUUGCUGACACAGUUUGCCCUUACCAGGUCACUUUCAAGGGACUUUAUACAAUGGUGACUAAGCUUAAUGAAAUGAAGCUAUUCAGUAUUGCCUUAUAGUCCUGUCCUUCCACUUUUUGUAGUGGUGUAAGAAUAAGCUGCUCUUGUCAAAGGGAGUCCCAAAAUAGGGUGACUUUUUGAGAUAAGACCCAUCAAAAGGCACAAGGAAAUCACAACUCAGAAUCUGUACAAGCAUCCCAUGUCAAUUUCAAAUUUAUGUUGCUAUAUGUCAAUGAGCAGCUAACCAGAACUCAUGCCUUGUGCUCAAAUGCCAUAUGCAGUGUGGCAGAGUGAUCAGCUGGGUCACUUCUUAUUGUGCUGGUUAUUAUUGUUAUUACUCAUUCUGGGUAUAUCUCAAAGGUUCAGGUUUUUGAUGUAAAGAGUUUCUUUCAUGUGUUUGUUUUUGUGAUUCUGCAAAAGUCAAAUGAAUCAUGUUGUUUUUAACUUA